GUGGAAAGUGAGAAAAGCCAGCAUGGCCGGUUGCACCAUGACCGGAUCUUUAUGUCAAUUCAGAAACAACAUUUUCAGGGCGUCUCUCUUAUACCUUCCUUCUUCUUCUUCAUCCACCGGAGUCGCUUACCUGUCUACAUAUAUUACGCGCGUACAUACAUCUUCCUUCUUCUUCUUCUUCCUAUUUUUGCAUGUAUUGCGAAUUCCAUAAAGUUAAGAGAGGGAAAUUGCUCCAUUGUUCAUUCAGUUGACCUUUUCAUUUGCCAGCUCUGAUCGUUAGAUAAUCAGCCGGAGGAACGAGGGGAUCUCAGGAGCUCAUUGGCAAUUGCAUGCGAUGUCUAGUUCUGUGAAAGGUUUGGAACCUGCAUUUCAGGGAGCAGGCCAAAAAGUAGGGACUGAAAUUUGGAGAAUUGAGAACUUCCAACCAGUUCCUCUGCCAAAAUGUGAUUAUGGUAAAUUCUACUCAGGCGAUUCAUACAUUGUCUUGCAGACUACUGCUGGCAAGGGAGGUGCUUAUUCUUAUGCCAUACACUUCUGGCUUGGGAAAGAUACUAGCCAGGAUGAAGCUGGAACAGCUGCUAUUAAAACUGUAGAGCUUGAUGCAACUAUUGGAGGGAAAGCAGUACAGCACAGAGAAAUACAAGGUCAUGAAUCUGAUAAAUUCUUGUCUUACUUUAAGCCAUGCAUUAUGCCAUUGGAGGGUGGUGUUGCGACCGGAUUUAAGAAACCAGAGGAGGAAGAAUUUGAAACACGGUUAUAUGUUUGUAAGGGGAAAAGAGUUGUUAGAUUGAAGCAGGUCCCUUUUUCUCGAUCCUCACUAAACCAUGAUGAUGUGUUCAUUCUGGAUACCAAAGAUAAGAUAUACCAGUUCAAUGGUGCAAACUCCAAUAUUCAGGAAAGGGCCAAAGCAUUAGAAGUAGUUCAGUUUUUGAAGGACAAAUAUCAUGAAGGGACGUGUAAUGUGGCUAUCGUAGAUGAUGGAAAUUUACAGACAGAAUCAGAUUCUGGUGAAUUCUGGGUGCUUUUUGGUGGCUUUGCUCCCAUUAGUAAGAAGGUUGCUACUGAAGAUGAUGUCAUUCCUGAGAAGACUCCUCCUAAGUUAUUUAGCAUUGUUGCUGGUCAGGUCAAUCCUGUGGAUGGUGAACUUUCCAAAUCUAUUUUGGAAAACAACAGGUGCUAUUUACUGGAUUGUGGCGCUGAAGUAUUUGUUUGGGUUGGCCGUUUAACUCAACUGGAUGAAAAGAAAGCUGCUCUUCAAACUACAGAGGAAUUCAUUCGCAGUCUAGGGAGACCCAAGUCAACACACAUUAUUCAGCUCAUUCAAGGUCACGAGACAAACUCCUUCAAGGGAAAGUUUGAUGCUUGGCCAUCAGCAUCAUCAACACCUGCUCCUGAUGAGGGAAGAGGAAAAGUUGCAGCUUUACUGAAGCAACAAGGUGUUGGAAUCAAAGGUGCAAACAAGAGUGUUACUGUAAAUGAGGAAGUUCCCCCUUUGCUCGAAGGAGGAGGGAAGAUAGAGGUUUGGUGCAUUAACGGAAGUGCAAAGACUCCAGUUCCCAAAAAUGAUGUUGGUAAAUUCUAUAGUGGAGAUUGCUACAUUUCACUGUAUACCUACCCCUCACAUGAUAAGAAAGAAGAUUAUUACUUGUGCUGGUGGAUUGGAAAGGACAGUGUCGAGGAGGACCAGAAGAUGGCUUCUCGGUUGGCUACCACAAUGUGCAAUUCAUUGAAAGGAAGACCUGUACUGGGCCGAAUAUUUCAAGGGAAAGAGCCACCACAGUUUGUUGCAAUCUUCCAGCCCAUGGUGGUCCUUAAGGGUGGCCUAAGCACUGGCUACAAAAACUACAUAUCUGACAAAGGAUUAAAUGACGAAACCUAUACUGGUGAUUCAGUUGCUCUUAUUCGGAUAUCUGGAACUACAGUACAUACCAACAAAGCAGUUCAAGUUGAUGCAGUGGCAACUUCUUUGAACUCUAAUGAGUGUUUUAUUGCUCAAUCUGGGUCUUCGAUGUUCACUUGGCAUGGAAAUCAGAGCACCUAUGAGCAGCAGCAAUUAGCAUUAAAGAUUGCUGACUUCUUGAAGCCGGGAGUAGCUGCAAAACACACUAAAGAAGGAACUGAGAGCUCUGCUUUCUGGUUUGCUAUCGGUGGUAAACAAAGUUACACCAGCAAAAAAGUAGCGUCAGAUGUUGUCCGUGAUGCUCACUUAUUCACAUAUUCUAUCAAUAAAGGAAAAUUUGAGGUUGAAGAAGUAUACAACUUCUGUCAAGAUGAUCUGUUGACUGAGGAUGUUUUAGUAUUAGAUACACAUGCAGAAGUGUUUGUUUGGGUUGGCCAAUCAACUGAUUCCAGUGAAAAGCAAAAUGCCUUUGAAAUUGGGCAGAAAUACAUAGAGAUGGCUACAUGCUUAGAAGGAUUAUCUCCUAUUGUUCCCUUGUAUAAAGUCACUGAAGGGAAUGAGCCUGGCUUCUUUACUACGUUUUUUUCUUGGGAUCCUGCAAAAGCCGUGGCACAUGGAAACUCGUUCCAAAAGAAGGUUAUGCUACUCUUUGGAGCAGGUCAUGGUUCGGAGCAAAAGUUCAAUGGGGCAAAUCAGGGAGGACCAACACAACGAGCUUCAGCUCUAGCUGCUUUGAACUCUGCAUUUACUUCAGUGUCAAAACCUAUUGUGACAUCGGGGCCUGCAGGAAAAAGUCCGCGAUCAGGGAAAAGUCCAGCGUCACAAAGAGCAGCUGCAGUAGCUGCUUUAUCUUCUGUUCUUUCUGCCGAAAAGAAACAGCCUGCUGAUACCUCUCCUGCACGAUCAAGUAAAAGUCCACUAUCAGAAUCAAGUCCAGCUGCUGGAAUGGAAAACGAAAAGGCUUCUUUUGAGGGGUCAGGUUCCAAAGGAUCGUCUCCUGUAGUAGCUAAGGAGGAAACAAACGAGUUUCAACCUGUGUUGGAGACCAACAGUAAGGAUCAUGAUGAAUUGAAGAUAGAGGAAGAUUGGGAUAACAAUGACAAAGAAGGCGGUCAGACCACGUUCAGUUAUGAACAACUGAGGGCUAAAUCUGACAACCCUGUAACCGGGAUUGAUUUUAAACGGAGAGAGGCUUACCUGUCUGAUGAGGAUUUUGAGGCUGUUCUUGGGAUGCGGAGGGAAGCGUUCUACAAGUUACCAAAAUGGAAGCAAGAUAUGCACAAAAGGAAAGUUGAUCUCUUUUAGAUUCCACUUCCCAAAGCCACACUACUUCCACUCUCCCCCUCUUCCAAGACUCAUUAUUGUUUGAUUACUGUUUCAUAAUCGGAUUGCAUAUCUAGAAAUUCUACUAUCUUAGUAGUUUCUAUUUCUUCCCCUUUAAUCUGCCUGCUUAAAGAGUGAUUUUUUACUCUCCACUUUUUUUUUACUGCCGUGUUUGUUUCCCCCAAGAUCCAAAGAUUGCAGUUAAAGGACGUCAUGGCAGCCAGGUUGGUUCUUGAUUGGUACGGUUUGUGAUUCGUUGAAGUUGUUUCUCUCAACCAUUUGGUUAGUGAUGAAAAGGUUGUAAAAUUGUACAUGUAUUUUCAUUGUACUCAGUGUUAUUAAAUGCACAAUACAAUAAUUGUAUAUGCAUGGAGUUGGAUUUCCAUUAGUUGUUUUUUCCACUCCCAAGUCCCAAAGUCCCAACCACUUUCCUGACAGUUUGAUCCUCUGCAUUGGCUGCA